AUGCUGAGCUUUCUGAGAACAAUGUGCCUUAUCCAUGCAUUUGGAAACAUAUUUUGUUUACUGGGACCAAACAAGAAUCCUGAAGCUCACAUGAAUAGUGAGAUUAUUGCAUACUGGGGAUAUCCAAGCGAAGAGUUUGAGGUUAAGACUGAUGAUGGUUACAUUCUUCCAAUCAACCGAAUUCGUCAUGGGAAGAAUAAUGCUGAGAGUUCAGUCCCAAAGAUGGUAGUAUUCUGUCUCCAUGGCUUGUUUGCAACUCCUGGUGCAUGGGUUUCCAAUCCUCCCAACAACAGCCUGGCCUUCAUCCUAGCAGAUGCUGGGUAUGAUGUGUGGUUGGGCAGCAGCAGAGGAAGUACCUGGGCAAAGAAACACGUGACCCUCAACUCAGAUUCUAAAGAAUACUGGGAUUUUAGUUUUGAUCAAAUGAUAAAACAUGACCUUCCGGCCACCAUUGAUUUCAUUCUGGAGAAAACAGGACAAAAGCAGAUUUACUAUAUUGGCCAUUCUCAAGGAACCCUUAUCGCUAUUGGGGCAUUUGCGACAAAUCAAGAACUGGCUGAAAAGAUUAAACUCAACAUUUUACUGGCUCCAAUUUAUAGCGUUAAACAUGUCAAAGGAGCUGGGCACCUUGGAUCUUACAUCUCUCUGACAGCUAUCAAGCUCCUUUUUGGGGAAAAAGAAUUUGUACCUACUGUAGUUUCCAGUGAGGUGGGAGGAUAUAUUUGCGAUAUUAACUUAGCCGAUGUUGGAUGUGCUGCUAUGAUGGGAUUUAUGGGUGGAUAUUCUCCAGAGCAGUUAAAUAUGAGCCGCAUUGAUGUGUAUGUAAAGCUCAAUCUAGCAGGAACCUCUGUAAAAAUCCUUAUACAUUAUGUUCAGGCAAUUAGAAGUGGUGUACUUCGGGCUUUUGAUUGGGGAAGUCCAUCUCUGAAUAUGCAACACUAUAAUCAGACUACUCCUCCUGUAUACAACGUGGAAGACAUGAAGGUUCCAACUGCCAUAUUUACCGGUUUAAAAGAUUUUUUGUCUGACCCAGAAGAUGUUGAAAUUUUGAAACCCAAAAUCCCGAACCUCAUAUACCUUAAGACUCUUCCUGAUUUUAGUCAUUUUGAUUUUAUACUGGGAUUAAAUGCUAGGAAAGAGAUUUCUGAGGAAAUUUUAACAAUUCUUAGGAAAUAUGACAGCGACAUUCAGCUUUAG